AAGCAGCUGAAAAGGAUAUCGGUGAUCUUGCAGAAGCUUUAAAACCUGGAAAUACUCCUAAAGGUAGAUCUUUUCUUCAAGAAAUUUCUAAAGAUUUACCCCAUUCUGACGCCUCAUCUGAAAUGGAAGAAAUACCUCUCUCAACUGCACAGGGAUUUCUUCUCUUAUACUUUGGGAAAGCAGAUGCAGAAAAACUUAAAGA